UUUAUUGUUUUACUGAUAAUGAAACAAAAUAAUGUAAACCAUUUUAUUUUAAUACUGUGUUAGUUAAUACACCAUGAGUCUGAACGAGACAAUAAAUCAGGCAAAGUGGUAGUAUAAACUAUACAGUGGAUGCAUCACCAGUGCCUACAGGCACUAUUUCGUGAUUUAACGAAAUUUAGCAUAUUUACAUUUUCUAUUGUGAAUUUUAACCGCUUUGUCUGCUUAAUUCAGAAUACUGAAAGCGUAAUUUGUCCUGAUAACGCCACAAUUUUUCAACGUGAUGCUACAAUUAACUGUCCUUGCAACUGUGCCGAUGGUACCUUCAGGGAAAUGUCGGAAGGCGGCUCCUGUCCGUGUUCGUGUAGAUGCGCCGAUGGCUCCUAUGACGUAAACGCAGACGAUGGUACUUGUCCCUGUGAAUGCAAUUGUCUCGGUUGCAUGAUAUCUACUCUUGGUCCUAAUGGGUGUGAAUGUCCACGGAUACAUGACAUAUGUCCGCCUUGUUUAGUAGGCGAAGUUCAGGUGUUUGAUAUGUGUAUCUGUCACUGCGUACCUGUUGAUCAAUGUGGAAUUUUACCUACUUGUGUUGUUGGACGUCGAGGAGAUUAUUGUGACCAACUGGAUUGUCGUCCAUGCCAAG